GAGUGGACCGGAAGUGAGCUAUGAUGCGUUAAGAUUGAUAUGUAUAUGAGUAAUAUGUAAAAGGUUAGAUUUUUGGUCAUUUGGUCAUUCAACUUGAAACAAGUAGGAUCGUUCCGUGUGGGGAAAUAGUGAUACGUGAUUUAGGAAAUUUUGAAAAUUUGAAGUUUUUGAAUUUGAAGUUGUUCCUAAAAAUGGAGAGCAGAAAAGUGUUUGUGAUUUUCGUAUCCACGAUUUUACUCGGGCAGGAUUAUGCGUCCGCCGGAUUAUUGCAGAGUAUAAGGGACGCCGCAUUUCUUAAAGAUGAGGACACCGUCGCCCGCUCGAACUACGGGGUGACGCCGCUCUUCGCCAACACCCCGACGGAGCCGGAACCCUCCUUUUUCGAGAAAUAUUACCCCUCCGUCCUCCCCUCAGACCGGUCUUCGUCCUCGUCCUCCACCCCUUCCCUGCCACCGCCCUGCCCGCCCGGCGACUUUCUCUGCCUCGCCCAGAGAAACAUGAAGCACACGCUGGGCUCCGAAAUGACCAACGCCAUCGUCAAAAGCGUCGCCACCCUCAUGACAGAAAUGCUCAAUACGACGAUCUCCCGCAGUUUGGACAUCGUCCAGAAAGCGCAGGGAUCGCAUGAUGCGCAAAAGGAGGCGGAAGCGAGGGCCGCGAUGAGCGCGGUGGGCACGGCGCUGUCCACCGUGAGCACGAAAGUGAUCCAGGGCGUGGCAUCGUUUGUGAAGGUGUCGCUGUCAGGAGCGAUGUGGGAUUUGUUUGGGAAUGUGAUGAAGGCUGCGACGGGGGGAGUGGGGGCAGGAGGGGCAAUGGGGGGAAUGGGGGGAGGUGCGAGAGUGUUGGGCGGCGAUAAGGUACAAGAUAAGCCCGUACCCGUUUUUGUGCAGGACCCGAAACCGGUGGGGCUGAGUGACCCGGUUCUUAUCACGCCGAGCAAUAUGUAUAUUCCGACCCAGAAUGGGAACGAGAUUAAGAGGAGGGCGGGUAUCGGGGAGAAGGGGGGCGAAGAAUGAGGAGACCGAUGGAACGUGGUCAUAAAACACGAGGACGACACGUGUUAUGAACUUGUCUGCACAUUUACAUAAAUACACAAAAGAUGACGGUUUUGAAGCAUAUUUAAUUUGUGGAUUUUAUUUUAUUUUACGACGGAAGUGGUGUUAUAUUAUUAUUAUAUUUUUGUUGUUGGUAAUAAAUAAAUUGUUGCACGUUAAGCCAAAGGACGA